AUGGCUUCCACCACGGCUGCCCAAGACGAGUUCAACCAGCUAGUGUCCAACAACGCAGACCGUGCCACGACACAUCCCGAGGACAAGCACGACGCCGACCGGUCAGAAAAGGACGAGCUCAGUGAGGAGGAGACAUAUCGCAACGCCCAGAUCGACGCCGCUAUGCGUAUGCCCACCACCGCCGCGGAGCUGAAGCUCCCACCCGCGUCCUUUGACAGCGGCCGCUUCACCGGCGUCAAGGGCGUCAUCGCCGACGCUCGCAGCUACGAGACGGCGCGCAGGAGUAAAUGGGUCGACCGCGCUCGCAACGCUCGCCGGAGCAUCCUUGGCUUCGCCGGCGUGGCCCCAGCCACCGGCAACAGCGUCACCAUCACUGGCGGUGCCCGAUCCGACAGCGAGACAGACGACGACGCGAAGAGCAACACGGAUGAAGACAGCUUCCUGAGUGAGUGGCGCGAGAGCCGCCGGCGAGAGCUGCAAACCGCCACAAACCGCGUCGUGCGCACGAGGAAGACAAGCCCGAGCGUGCGCAUCUACGGCCGCUUGGACGAGGUGGACGCUUUGGGCUACCUUGACGCCAUCGAAAAGGUCAACCGCGACACGACAGUUGUUGUCUUUGUGUACGAUAAUGAGUGCGAGGUAUCGGUGACCAUCGAAGAAGCUCUUAUGCCUCUCGUACAGGCCAACCCGACUGCGCACUUCGUCAAAGUCCACUACGACGACAUUGAAUUUGAUCCGGCCGCCGUUCCUUCACUGCUCGCCUAUCGCAACCAGGGCGAUCUGGUAGCGAACCUGACGGGUAUAAUUGAGAUGAUGCCGGACGACGAUAGCUUCGACUCGGCAUCUCUGAAGAGAAUUCUCCAGCAGCACCAGGUGCUGUGA